AUGUACAUCUUCAUUAUUUACAUACUCUUUGUUGCGAUAGCAGCAAGUCAAGUUUUCAAGAGGAUCAAGGCGUUCAGGUCUCCAUUGAGAGAAGUCCCAGGACCAUGGUAUGCUCCUCUCACGACACUACAUUUGCAGUACCUCUUCUCGACUGGCAAUAUCUGGAAAUAUGUUGAGAAGGGCCACAAAUGCUAUGGGCCUAUCAUGCGCGUUGGACCUCGCCAAGUGUGGAUCUCAGACAAGGACGCCAUGAAGCAGAUUCUGGUCAAACAGGAUUUGCCAAAGGUCGCUAUGUAUGCGGAGAUUUCGAGGGACAGGGCGAGCCCAGGGCUGUUUGGUGAGAUACGCCUCAAGCGCUUUUUGUCGCCUGCAUUCACUGUAGCGUACGUCGAUAACUUGGAGGUGCACUUCCAGAAAAUUGUACGUGAUCUGCUCAACAAGUACCAAAGCAAGGUCUUCUUUGCAGAACUAACGUUUUACAAGACUGUGUAUAUCAAGAAACUCAUCAGGUUUUUCGUAAUGGACAUCAAGUUCGAUUGGCCUGCAGAAAUGAUCGCAGCCAUCGAAGCCGUCAUAUACAGGCGACAACAGACCUCGGGCACCGAGCGUCAAGAUCUGCUCCAACACUUGCUGGAGCAAGGCAAGCGACCAGAUACUGGAGUUACCAUGAAUACCCGCGACAUCACCGACCAAAUGGCUGAAAUUCUACUCGCCGGAUCCGAAACAACCUCCGGAACGCUAGCCUGCUUGUUCCUCGAACUUGCCCGGAACCCAGUCGUGUAUAACAAGCUUCUAGAAUCCCUGCCCAGCGCCUCACUCGCCGAUGACAUCGUCUCCAGCAAAACGGUCCGCACCGAGUCGCAAUAUGAGUACCUGGAGGCAUGCAUCAAGGAAAACCUGCGCUUGCAUCCGAUUGCGUCUGAGAUGGGGCGCCGGACUGGAACUGAGUGGGUCAAUUUGAUGGGCUACGAUCUCCCUCCGCAUACCGUGGUGUCCGCUUCGUAUCGUGCUUUGCACCUCAACGAGGAGUACUGGCCCCAAGCGCAGCGGUUCUGGCCCGAAAGGUUCUUGGCGAAGGACAAGAGAGGUGACGCGCCUGCUGCCGAGUAA